GUAGAAUCCGAGCUAUGGUGUUGUGGUUAAAGCGGUGCAGCUUGGCUGAGCCUGUCCUUAAAGACAAGCAGCGUCUUCUCGGUCUUCCAGAACAUGAUGUCGUUUUAGAUGUGGAGAACCGGUGGAACAGCCUGUUCCUGAUGGUGGAGCGAUUUCUGGAGCAGUUUCCUGCGAUCCAGGCGGCCUCCAUGGACCCUCGGUUAAAAGAAACGAUGGAGAAGGACGGCCUGGAGAGACUUUCUGAUGAUGAUUAUAGAAAAGCAGAACAGUUUGUCAGAGUUAUGAAGAUGCUCUAUUCUUCAACCAUCUGCGUCUCUGCUGAAAAGAGUCCAACUCUGGGCCAGAUUCUGCCCAUCUUGGGGAAACUCCAACUUCACUUCACAGUUACUGAUGAGGACUCCUCCUUUACACAGACCAUCAAGGACAAGAUUUGGGGUGACCUCUCAAAAAGAUACCAAGAUGAGAUCAUCAGGCAGUUCUUGGAGGAGGGCACAGCCUUAGAUCCAAGAUUCAAGACAAAAGUGGCCGAUGAAGUGUGGACCAGGCUAGAAGAGGAGCUGAUAAGUAGGACCUCACAACAGAAUAAAGGUGUAAGGAUGAUCCUGGCCCAGCAGAUCAAACAGGAGCUUGAAGAGACAGCUGGUGAUCAGGACUGGUCUGAUGAAGACGCUACAGCUGCAGUAGCAACACUGAAGAAGCCAAAGCUCUCUGGUCUUGGGGAGCUGUUUGCUGAAGAGGACAUGGCAGUUGAAAUAAAACAAGAGAACACUUUUAGCACCACAGAGAAGAUUCAGGAAGAGAUAAAGUGGUACAGAAGUCUGCCAUCAACCCGAACCUCUGUGAAUCCAGUGACCUGGUGGUGGAAUGCAAGGGACACCAUGCCAAUGCUAUCGGACUUGGCAACCAGGUAUCUGUGUGUGCAAGCAUCAUCCACACCCUCAGAGCGAACAUUUUCUACUCCUGGGGACACCAUCAGCCACGAGCGGGCUUGUUUGUGUCCAGAGAAAGCAGACAUGUUGAUUUUUCUGAAGAAAAACUGUUAAGUGAAAAGUGUGUAGCGUUGAGCGUUACACACUGACGUGUCACUGGUUUACAACUGUUCUUUUGA